UGACCCGAUGUAGAAUUUUAUUUUAUUUUUUUAAUAUUUAUUAUCGGGGUUUAUCGGGGAUGCGAGUUGCUGUCGUAAUCAUAGAGAGAAGCCCAGGUCGUUGAGGUCAAGCGCACACCCACAGGCGUCAGAACUCACAAGGACAUAGAGUAACGUCAUAACCCAGUUUCAAAAACGAUCCGUCAGCUUUUGCGAAACCUCUCGAACGCCAUAACCCAGUUUCAAAAACAAUCCGUCAGCUUUCUCGCUCUUUCUGCGCCCUGCUCUGCUCGGUACCAUCGCCAGCAAAUCACCCCCCUAUCAUCCAAGUUUUGCUAGACUGUCUCCACAGGGUCUCGCUGCCGAGUUAAUUUAUCUUUAGGGAAAAUGGGUGUCAAAUUUCUCAAAAUUCCUGUAACGCAAACGGAUUGUUCAAUUCAAGUAUCUGGGCUCUGUGAAUCCCAUUGAACUUUGUUGUGGCCAUAGGGAUUAUUAGACAAGGAUGUCUGGGAGACGAAAAAUUCCAUCGUCUUUUGAGCGACGUCCCAUUCAAUCUCCAGGUAUGAUGCGGCAUGGUCCAUUGCCUGGGUUAGGGCCACCUCCUGGUCACCGACCAUUUGAGGCACUACCACGUCCUGAGCUUUUGGAAAAUAAAAUUGCAUAUCAAGCAGCAGAGAUAAAACAACUGACAGGAGACAAUCAUAGACUGGCGGCUACUCAUGUUGAUUUGAGGCAGGAUCUUUUAGCUGCUGAGGAGGAACUACAGAGACUCAAGGCACACAUGAGAAGCAUCCAGACUGAGAGUGACAUUCAGAUGCGGGGUUUGCUUGAUAAGAUUGCAAAAAGGGAAGCAGACAUCGAAGCUGGCGAGGGUGUGAAAAAGGAACUGCAAAAGGCUCACAUGGAGGCACAGACCUUGGUCGCAGCGCGACAAGAGCUGACCAUUCAAAUUCGGAAGGCCACAGAGGAGUUGCAGAAAGCUCGUCUUGAUGUUGAGAAACUACCGGGUUUGCAUGCUGAACUUGACAGUCUGAGGCGAGAACACCAUAGGCUGCGUUCAACUUUUGAAUACGAAAAGGGUUUAAACAUAGAGGAAGUGGAGCAAAUGAAAGCAAUGGAGAAGAAUCUAAUUGGGAUGGCAAGAGAAGUAGAAAGGUUGCGUGACGAGGUCUCAAAUGCAGAGAAGAGAGCCCAUGCACCAAACGCACAUGCUGGCGGUUACACAAAUCCAGAUUCUUAUUACCCAGUUAACAUGCAAGGUGCUGGUGUGUAUUUUGAUGGUUAUGGAAGGCCCUAUGUUUCAACCGGUGUUAGACCACCAGGAGAGGGAACAAUACCAUAUGCCAGCAGCAGUGGCAUAGCUGCUGGUGCAGUUGUCCCAACUGCUGCUGGUGGUGCUAUUUGGGGAGUAGCAUAUGAUCCCUCACUGGACACUGCUGCUGCGGGCGUAGCUAUCUCUAAUGCUGGGCUUGGAGCUGCUCCAAGAGGCUAUGAUUCUACGCUUUCUCGGUAGCGAAUACAGGAUGAGGCCUGAGGUUUUCAGGGCUUUAGGCGAACUAUUAAAAUGGAGCGUAUAUUUACUCACAUAAGAAAAUAUGUUUGGCAUUUUGGAGGGAUUUUUCAUUUUUUUGUUUGUUUUUGUUUGUGUAGUAAAUCACAUGAAACUUUUGCCAUAUAGGAUUAUUAAGUAUUUAAAUGAUGGGUGUAAUCCAAUGUGAGAAGACCGAAGUACUUGUUAUGCUUACUUACUUGAGCAUGUCCGAAGAAGACCAAAAAUGCAUGUGCCUUUGGUUUUAUUACCUUU